AACCAAACAUGCGCGUAAACCAUGGCAACGUUGACAAUAGCAACAACUGUAGUAAGAUCUGAUAAGUAUUUCUCCUUUCUGUACGAAUCAGAGAAUUAUUGCUAUUAACUAUUCUUAAGUAAACACGCAUAAUGGAAGGCGACGGUUUACACCUAAAUAUUGACUAUGUCGGAAGCAGUGGAAUUAUUCUUAGUCCAGAACAAAAGGCAGCACUUCAGACGUCACUUAUCAUACUGCAAAAUGAAAACAAAUUCAACACGGUUUAUUUUUGGGGAAAGAUUUCAGGAGUAAAAGAUGAUUAUUUUCUAGCACAGGGUGUUGGUAAAAAUGAAUUUGAUGCCAGAAAGACAUUUUACAGUAAAGAUUGUAUCCAUUGGGGUUUACUGCCGCCAGCAACAAAGAGUAUGAGAGAUGUUAGUAAACUAGCUAAAGGAAGAUUCACAGGUGAUCCAUCAUAUGAAUAUGAACAUGUCGAAGUUAAGAAAAUUGGUGAAGGCGAUGAUGCAACUGAAGAAGAAGAAACAGUAACGAUAAAGGAAGAAAACAGAUUAGCAUCAGUUGUAGCAGAUAUUGAUGAGGAUGUUAGAAUAGUACCUAGGGCAGCAUAUGUUAAAACACCCACUGGUACGGUUAUAUCAAACAGAAGUUUUGAAGGAUUAUCUGUAUCUGAAUCAGCCAAAUUAUGUAAUUACACCCACUUUAGAGAACCAAAACUUCUCAUAGAAAAAUCAUUAUUAGAGAGAGCCAAUUUAGAUAAAGCCAUUGACUUUAUGGAUUGUGUUGAAGAGGAUAUCCCCAGAGGAUCAUGGAGUUUACAAUUUGAGCGAGGAAGUGGUUUGGUUACUUUAAGAAGUUUAUUGUGGCAGGGAUACACAUUCUUCCAUGUUCCAGGAUCAAGAAGAUUUGGAUCAGUUUAUUUUGGAACUGGAGAGAAAAAUUUGGAUUUACCGUUCAUGUUAUAAGAUAUAUUUCUGUUUUAAAAAUGAUUGGUAAAGUUUUAAUCAAAGGGAAUUUCAUGUAAAUAAUAUAUAUAUAUAAAAUAUUAAUUUAUGAUAUUUAUCUAUUGUCUUCAUAAUUCAGUAAUAAAAGUACAUUAUGUGUAAAACAAGCAUUAAAAGUAAGAAACUCGGAAGUUGACUCAUCCACAAAUCCUGUCAUUUUAUAAACCCAAGUGUCCUGUUUUGUCAUGUUGCUCUAUCAUAAUCUGUUUUAUGUGUAAUUUAUCAUACAUUCAGAAAGAUCCAAACUUUAUUGUAGUAAAAUAAAUAAAAUAUACUUUAUCUU